AUGCAGAAUAUCCUUCAGAAGCCAGGGUACCUGUCCAUUGCGAAGGGAGGGCAGACGCUCCGGGAACUUUAUGUGGAUAACUCUGCCUACUUUGAUUCGCGCAAGUUGACCACGUUUGGGCUGUACUGCUAUAUGGGGGAGGUGGAGUAUGUGAGGCGGGCCGUCGAAUCCGGCAAUGCACCUGACAUCGAAGGCACGGAGACGCCGUACCAGUUCGGGUACAUCACCUUGACUGUAUCUGGCGGUCAGCGUUUGGAGGGUGCUUCCAGUAGUGGCUCGUAUAGACACGCGGCUACUCUGAGCUACCUCCUCUCCAUAGGCGCACCAGUCGACAAGCCCGACAUCGCCGGCUACACCGCGCUCCAGCACGUCACCAUGAACCACACCGCGCGCCCCGACCUUGCGCGCCUCCUCAUCGAAGGCGGCGGCGCGGACGUGAACACGCGCAACCGCUACGGCGAGGUCGCGCUGCUGCUGUGCUUUCAGAGCAAUAUCAUCCCGUCGGUCGACCUGCUGAUGGAGCACGGAGCGGACGUAGACAUUGCGGACGCGGACGGGCUGACGCCGAGGAACUUUAUGAUCAAGUGCGGCCCGCAGGUCGUGGCGUGCGUGCAGAAGUGGCUGAGGAAGAGGAGCGGGGAGACAAGGCCGAUGGAGAAUACGAAGCGAUGCGAUGCCUGUGGGACGGUGGCGAAGGACUCGGAGGUGCUGAAGAUGUGCGGCAAGUGUCGGACGGCGAGGUACUGUAAUGCGGACUGCCAGCGGACGCACUGGCCAUCGCACAAGAAAUCCUGCAGGCCAUUUACCGCCGACAACUGCGUCGUAGUGAAGCCCUUCUAUGUCAAGUCAGGCCCUAUCGGCCUCCAACCCACAGCCGAUCUUGUGCGCUCUGUACUUCAGGUCCCCCAAGCCCCCACCCCCGCCGCCCACCAUCGCAUGCGCCACGUCCCCAAGGACACCCUCGCCGGCUCUGCUAAAAACCUUGUCGUCAAAGUGCAGCUGCCCUACCACAUCAUGCCCGGCGGCGGACACCCGGGAAUUUACCGCGAACGCGGGCCGAUGAUGGUCUACACGAAGAAGCGGGAUCUGGUGUGCCACCUUCGGUGGGACGAUAAUGGCGUGUACUAUGAGAAGCUGUGGCAGGUGGUGAAGGACGGAGGGGUGAAUGGGGCGAAGGCGUACUUUGCGGCGGAGCUGAGGACCAAGGAGGAGCUAGUAAUCAAGCUGGAGCCUCUGGCGGAGCAGCCUUUCUGA